AUGUUCCUAUAUUUUUUAAUUUUCUUUGUCUUCUCGUUACAGUUGAAGAUCCCUCAGCUAUUUGCCGGCAUUGAGAUCGUGCCAUCUCUCCUUCACGGGGAUCUCUGGGGAGGAAACGUGGCGGAAAUAGACAGUGGCCCUGUGAUAUUUGACCCCGCUUCAUUCUACGGCCAUUCUGAAUUUGAGCUGGCGAUCGCGGGCAUGUUCGGGGGUUUUGGGUCUUCCUUCUACUCGGCCUACCAUGCCAAGAUGCCCAAAGGCCCGGGCUUCGACAAGAGGCUGAAGCUGUACCAGCUCUUCCACUACCUGAACCACUGGAACCACUUUGGCAGCGGCUACAGAGGAUCGUCCCUGAGCACCAUGAGGAGUCUUCUGAAGUGA